AUGGGCAUAAUCAAGGAGGGGGGAGAGGCUACUCAGGGAUUGGGAGGGGGGGAGUGGGGCGACGACCAGAGUGGGCUAGAGGAUCCGGGCGGCGCAGCUAGGGAUGAGACAAAUGGCCAGGGAAUGGUAGGGUUGGGGAAGAUCUUGCUGGGACAUGGUUGGGCGGUAGGGGUUGUUUGA